AUGACCUCUGGGGCGAGGCACAUUCCGCUCUGGGUUGGGCCCUGGGGCAACAGGCCGUCGACCAAUGCGCUUGCCUCCUGCUGCUGCGAGCGGAUCCUGAUGGACCGGUUGGGGAGUAUCGGAGUGGGCAUGCUUUUACAGGCCAGAGCCUCGGUGCAGCGUGCGUGCGAGGGGCCUCACAAUGUUAUGCUGCUGGCUGCACGCGCAGAGGCGCUCCAUGUCAUUGUGCUCCUUACGCGGGUGUGUCCGGCGGAUCAUGUGAUGGCCGCAUGUUUGCCAGCUUUGGCCUAUACGCUGGCUCGGGAUCGCGGUGAAGAUCUGGCCACAUUGCUAGCUUGUCGCGUGUCGCCUACACAGCCUGGCUCCAAAUGCGCCAGGGUGGCUUGCUGCCUCGGCCUUAUGGCGCCGCAUGCGCUCAUGCCUCUGGUGCCCAUGACGACAUUGGCGGGGGCUUGUUUGGGCCAUGCCUCGCCGAUUGCAUCCAGGGAGGAGGUUGUUGAGGCCCUUGAGCACAUUUAUCACACUUGUGGCGAUGGGUACGAAGCAGUGGCCAGCAGGGACGCAACGUCCGGACUGGUUCACUCCUUGCACCUAAUUCGCAGCGCGCACGCAAGCGAAAAGGACACUGCUCGACUGGACCUGGGCUCCUUCCUCAGCCGCGGUCUGUUUGUCAAUGCUCAACGCCUGAUGGAGAAGUGCUCGCCUGCCUUCAUCGCGGUCGCCCAAGGCGGCACAACGACACAAUGGCUGCUGUGUGCGCUGGCCGCUGGCCUUACACCACCGCAGCCGGGCGCUCUUUCCCUGUGGGCCCGCUUCGCUGUGAAAACCGGACGGGUUGACUCACUGUAUGUCCUAUUGGCUGCUGGUGCGUACGUGGAAGGAGACCACCCCACUGAGAGUCUACUUGGCCGAGUCCUCCGACUGGAACCGACCCCUGCUAGAUUCGAGGGUAUGGUUCACACGCUCGUGGUGGCGAAGGCGCGUUGCCGAAUGCUUAUGGCGGGUGAUUUGCGCCCACUGGAGUUCCUCUUGGUCCGGAAGGCUGCAAUUGCCCCAGCGAUGUUAUGGCAUCUGCUGGAAGCCAGCGCGGAUGCCACGAUUCAACCUCACGAGCGUUUUGGCCAGGUCUCCCCGCUUGGCAUGGCUCUCGGCUUGGGAGAGUGCCUCUGUUCGUCCGGUCGGCGUUGCAUGGGUGCGUUAAAGCAAGUGCUCGAAACAGCUUGGCUCGAACAGAAGGGACGCCAAUUCUGGCGCUCCCUGGCCACGCUACAGCUGCUGUUACGAUGGCACUUGAGGAUGUCAGGACCGCUGGCCUGUGCCUGCAUUCUGACCCACCGGGCCCGCUAUUCUGCCGUUGGCUCCGGAUGGGCACAGCGCGGCUGGCCCAAACACGGCCUGUGCCGCUGCCGCUCGUUCGUUGCCCUGGUAUCUUGGGUCAUGGGUCACCGGGAUUUUCUUUACUUCCUUGAGCCGCUGGUCGGUGUGCCUGCCGGUAUGCUGGGGAUCACGGACGCAGCUGGGCAGGAUCUAGAAGUGGACAACCCGCGCCAUUUUACGCGCAUGGAUAAGAUGCGGAGGGGCGACUUGGCGAUGGUGUGUUAUGCCAGAGAGUGUGGAUGGCGCCUGGAUGGAUGCGUGGGCUGGGAGCCCUAUGCCAAUGCGCUUGCUUGGACCAUCGCACAUGCCGGGCUUGCCUUCCCGGCGAUCUUGCGGCACUACUUCGGCCUUCAGGGGCGAAAUCAGCUGCUCCGGCCGUUACUCAGCACUUGGAUUCAGGGAGAUCAGACACCGCCGGCGGCGGCCAGCGCGGCGGCGUAUUUCGUUUCCUACCUUGUGGGUAGGGAGCUGCGGGCACAGUUCCGGGAGAUGCUCGUUAGCGAUAUGGAACACGCCACUGCGACGUCGCCGCGCUGGCUGGUUGACAUGAUGUGGUAUGGGGCUGCCCCGUGGCCGUGGAAGCUAGUCACGGUGAUUGCUCGCCACAUGCUCAUGGAAGCGGCGGUGAUGCCCAAACAUAGAGCGGCCCAGCAGGGAGUGCGCGCCUGGGGGAGCGAAGGAACUAUCACGGUGUACCGCCCCGAUGGUGGCCUGGUCUUUUCCGUUGAGGAUCCUGUCCUGCACAAGGACUUGGAGUGGGCAGCUGCGGCCCUAGUCGGCUAUGCGCCUCAGUGGGGACGCCUUAUACAGUGCAUGCCGAAUGGGGAUGGCUUUACCAAUGACCCCAGUGGCAUCAUUGUGCGCGGUUGCUACCAACUCAUUCUCGUUAACCCCAUGGAUGGGGGCACAGCUAUCGAGCGACAAACCUUCAUUCGCGAUUCGCUGCUUCAAGACGAUCCCCUGUCACUCACCCGCGCGGUCGAGCUGGCCGAUGGCUUCGCUAGAUGCUGGGUGUGGGGCUCUCAGUUGUGCCCUGUGGUGUGGGCACUUGACCAACCUGUGGUGGUACUCAUCCGGGUCCUUGAGAUUAUGCGGGGUCGCGCAAUGCCUGGUGGUGACCGCCUUCGUACGGCGCUAGAGCUGGCUGCCUUGCGGGGUGAUACUCUCCAAGUGGCCAUCCUGUGCAACUACUUCCGCCAGUGGCCCUUUCACGAGCUCGAUGAACUUGCCCCCCAGGAACCUGUGCACAAUGCACUUCUUACGGCGGUCAAGUCAGGGAGCGUGGCCACUGUCUACGAGUUGCUGGUGGCGGGCUCCCCGCCGGAUCGGCGCACGUUGCACUUUGCACUCCUUGAUGCGGUGGGCUAUACAGCCCCGCUUGCUGUUACCAGACUACUGCUUUGCGCCCGGGCUGAUCCGGGCUUUGAGCAGGGAGACGACGAGGGUGAUGAAACGCCUUUUGGGCUAGCUGUGUACAACCGCAUGUGGGACACGGUCCGGCUCUUUUUAUGCAAUUCGAUUGCGCAUCGACCGGCUGAAUGGCUGUGA